AUGUCCUCCGCGAAGACGCUCAAGCCGAUCCACCGCCUCCCUUUAGCACGGCAGACGCUGCAGGGCGCCCUGUCGCAGCUGCCGCUCGAGGACCAGCCCUCGGCCCAGCGCAUUAGCACGACCUUCUCCCCAACGACUCGGGGAGUGUGGGCACGCACCCUGCCGCUGUGGGACAACUGGCCGAUCCGAAUCACCAAAGAGGAGGCGCUCGCACUCGGCUGCGACGUCGACAAGGGCGAGAAGAUCUCCGCCGAAGCUAUCCUUGGGCGAUGGGACCCGCAACCCGGCGAGAAGCAGGAUAAUGGUCUCGAGCUGAAGAGUUCGCCACACCGUCUGAAGAUGGCUCCAGUUCUCCUCGGAGUUUGCGAGAAGACGGUGCAAGACUGUUUCCCCGAGCUCGACGUCGGUGACGCCGCCAAGGCAGACGCCCCGACAGAUGUCGAGGGUGGCGACGAGGCGAGGCAGGCGCUCGUCGAUGUGCUCAGUGGAAGGAAGGUGCUCGAGGGAGAGAACUACAUGCCCUGGUCGACACGGUAUUGCGGACACCAAUUUGGUGUCUGGGCGGGGCAGCUCGGCGACGGACGCGCCAUCUCGGUACUCGAAACGGAGGGACCGAAGGGUCGAGAGGAGAUCCAGCUGAAGGGCGCGGGACGAACACCGUUUGCGCGUGCUGCUGACGGCCUUGCGGUGCUGCGCUCGAGCGUGCGCGAGUAUUUGGGCUGCGAGGCCGUCAAUGCCCUGGGCAUCCCGUCGACUCGAGCACUGGCUAUUCUGACCUCUCCCGUCCGGGUGAUGCGUGAGCAGGGUCCUGAGCCCUCGUCUCUCGUGGCGCGAGUUGCUCCCUCCUUCAUUCGCAUCGGGCACUUCGAGGCGAUGAACCCGGGAGAGGCGGCGAAGAAUUCACACCAAGUCUUCUUCGGAGGUGGCUGGAAAUCAUCCGUUGAGGAUGAGGCUGACAAGAAUGACGCUCUGGGUGGACAGGGCAGUCUCGAGGGUCUGCGCGACCUGACCCUAUGGGCUAAGGACGUCAUGGGAAUGAAGGACUCGACAGUGAACGAGUGGUUCAUUGACGUUGUGCGCCGGAACGCAGAGACCGUUGCCCAGUGGCAGGUGUACGGGUUCAUGCACGGCGUGCUGAACACGGACAACAUCAGCGUCUUGGGUCUCACCAUCGACUAUGGGCCUUAUGCGUUCAUGGAUGUGUUCGACCAGAAUCACAUCUGCAACCACUCUGACCCCGGAGGUCUUUACAGCUACAAGGGCCAGCCGGGGCGUGUGCUCUUUGCGCUCGACAGCCUUGCGUCCUCCCUCCUCCCAAUUCUGGGCUAUGAAGCGCAGAAUGGCAAGAUCCCCGACGCCGGAUGGGGCGAGAACGCGACCCCGGACGACGUGCGCGGCUGGGAGGCGGCCGGCCUCGAGUCCAUCGAGUCCUGGAGCGACCUGUACAACCAGAUCGAGUCUGUGGCCGAGCGCAGCGGGUGGCAGAAGCGUUUCGGCCUCCCAUCGUACCGCGACACGGACGACCGGGACAUUGUCAAGGACUUCCAGUACUUGCUGCACGGGUACGAUAUCGACUUUGGCGCCGCGCUGCGCCAGCUCUCCUUCUUCCGCACCUCCAAGGUCGAGAACAAGGAGUACCUCAAGUCCCAGGCCAAGCUGUGGAUCAAGCAGGCGACGAACGACCUCAUGCCGGACAUUGUGAGCCGCACAGAGGAGGGUAUCGUGGCCUGGCUCCAGACGUAUGCGAAGCGCGUGAACGAGGAGAAGGACCAGUUCGACGAGGACGAGCGCCUGAAGAAGAUGCAGGAGGUCAAUCCCCGCUUCGUCCUUAGGCAGUGGGUGCUCGAGGACACGAUCAAGAAGAUGGAGGACGCGCUCGAGAAGGAGGACGUGCCCGAGGCGCGCCGCGUACUCCAGCGUGUGCUUGAUCUCUCGACCAACCCCUUCAAGCCGUACGGCGAGGAUAAGGACGGCGUCAUUGCCGACAACCUGACCGGCGAGGAGGCAGAGCAGGCGACUCUCUGCGGUCUCGGACCCAAGAGCAUGCUCGGAUAUCAGUGCAGCUGCAGCAGCUAG